AUUUGCACAAAUCGCAAGGACUCCACCUUUUACAUGAACUAACUCCUAAUGGCUAAGCUAUACAUUGCUUUUCUCUUCAUUUCAUUUCUCUUAUCUUCCAUUUUUCCUCUUUCCAUUGCAUUCACCAGACGAAAAGUCGAUCCACUCACAGCUGGUCCGGUCCGCUAUGCCCCGCCACUACACGUGGCGAAGAAAUCGGCAGUCCUCCAUUUCUAUGUCCACGACGUAGGAGGUAACAAUGGCACGGUGUGGGAGGUUGCACAAGCGGAGAUCACAACAAAUUAUCGAUCAUUAGGGCAAGUUGUGGUUAUGGAUCACAAGCUCACUAAUAAGCCUAACAAAAACUCGCUUGAGGUGGGCCGUGUGCAAGGGAUGGUAGCAUCAACCGGGUUACGGGAAAUGGCAAUGACGUUGAGCAUGAACUUUGUGUUUACUCUCGGGAAGUUUAAGGGAAGCACGUUGUCUGUCCUUGGGUGGCUAUCAGUCAACCAAAAGAAACGGGAACUACCCGUUCUUGGAGGGACCGGUGUGUUCCGGAUGGCUCGUGGAUAUAUAAUCUCGAAUACGUAUUCAUUUGAUCCCAUCAAGAAUUAUGGGAUUUUGGAAUAUACCAUCUAUGUGUAUUAUACAUAAAAUCAUAUAUAUCAUUGGUAGUUCGGGAUUAUUUCGUAUUUUCCAAAAUAAUUUGAAAAUAUUGAAAGUUUGUUAUAUGUGUUUUAAUUUGUUGUUUAAUGUGAGUGAUACUCAUGUUGUCUUGUAAAAGUGUUUUCAUUUGUCAUUUUAAUUUAUCUACCAAAAGUGUGUUCAUAUCAUAUUUUUAA